AUGAAAACAGACAGGGACCCAGGAGAUAUGAGAGGAGUCACAGUCAACCGUUUUGCUGAAGAAGCUCCUGCCUCAGGGAUGACCAAGAAUGGAUACUUUUAUCAAGAAAUGGAGCAGAGGGACAGGGAGGAUCAGGAGGAGGGGAGCGAGGACCGUGAGGAGGGCCAGGACUCACCCAUCCCAUCAGGAGAUGACAUCCAUCUCUACGGCAACCAGACACACCAAGGAGGGACAGAUUCAGAUGUUCAUGGCUGUGUCUUGCUUAACACAUCAAGAAGAUAUGUGAAACUGAUGAACUUUGAAGAGGAGGUGCGUGCUCACCGUGAUUUGGAUGGCUUUCUGGAGCGGGCGUCUAUCCUGCUGCAUGAGGACGAGGCUUCUCUCGAUGACGUGUUAAGGACCAUGCUGCGGCACGUCUCCCAGGAUCCUCACACGGCUGAACCCGCAUGCAACUUUGAAGAGAUCAUGAGCUCACUUUUCACAGACGCUGGCUCCCAGGAGGUCAAUGACAGGUCUCCAAGUUUCCUUUUCUAUCACAACGUGCACCUGUUGUCAGAGACACUCCAGUGUGUCACAGCCACCGCUACUGGGAUCCAGUACCAGCAGUCCUGGCUCUGCAUCCUAUGUAAUGUAAAGAACCUACAGAGGCGGCAUGUGUGUAUCUCUCGCUUAGACCGGCCGCAGAACUGGGGAGAAAACUGUGCUGAAGUUCGCUAUGUCAUCCUUAUACUGGCACCCCUAAAGAUGAAAAGCACGAAGACGGCAAUGGAGCUUGGGCGGACGUUUGCGAGUAUGUUCUCCGAUAUUUCGUUCAGACAGAAGCUGUUGGAAAGUAAGACUCAGGAAGAGUUUAAAGAGGCAUUGAUCAUCCAGAGAUAUCAUCUAACUGCCGCCAAACGCAAGCCUGCUGCCGUGGAUGAAGAAGAGACUGAUCCACACAGCCAUAAACCACUCAAGUCUGCAGACUCUGUGUUCUCUCCUCGUCUUGUUUCUCUGUCUCUGCUGUGCAGGGGGCUCUGUUGUCGAGAUUUUUUUCGAGUGGGGAGAGGAAUCUAUGAGGAUCUGUGUCGCCGCUUGCCGCUCUACCCAUCUGACUUUACUGAUGGUCUGGUUGGCAAUAAUAAGGCUUUGGUGAAGUACAUGACCACGUCCAUCUUCCUGUACAUAGCUGUGCUACUUCCUGCUAUCGCUUUUGGCUCACUUAAUGAUGAGAGCACUCGGGGAGAAAUUGAUGUACAGAAGACGAUCAUUGGUCAGAGUAUAGGAGGGAUUAUCUACUCUCUUUGUGCUGGCUCCCCACUGGUCAUUCCCCUGACCACUGCCCCUAUCGCCAUCUUCAUCGGAGUGAUUCGGGGGAUCUGUGAUGACUAUGACCUGGAUUUUGCUGCUUUCUAUGCCUGUAUUGGUCUGUGGAACAGCCUUUUCCUCAUCAUCGGGGGAGUCUUCAAUCUCAGCCUCCUUGUCAAACUCUUCAAGAGGUCGAUAGAGGAGGUGAUAGCUCUCUUUAUUUCCAUCGCUUUUGUAGCUGAUGCUGUCAAAGGCACAGUCAAGAUCUUCCAUAUGUACUACCACGCCCCCACACUGGCCAAUGGCAGUGUCGCAGAGUUGCAUGGGAGGUUUGGUGCUUUGGCCUUGGGGGUGGAGUCCAACAUUACUGGGACGGGGUUAGAAUCCUACAUUCAGUGCACUCGGGCGCGGCCUUUGCUCUGCCUACUCCUCAUGCUUGGCACACUGUGGGUGGGAUACACACUGUACCAAUUUAAGAGAAGCCCAUUCUUACAUGCAAAGAUGAGGGAGAUUUUGUCAGACUGCGCCCUACCCAUCUCAGUGCUCAUGUUCUCCUACGUGGGCUCUUACGUCUUCAACGACAUUGGCUUGCCAGUAUUUAAUUUCCACGAGGGUCCGGCAUUCAGGGUGGCUCCACUAGAGAAACUGUCGGGGGCCAGUGUCCUGAGCGCCAUGGGACUGGGCUUCCUCCUGGCCCUCCUCAUCUUCAUCGACCAGAACAUCGUCGUCUCCCUAACCAACGCCCCGGAAAACAGGUUACUGAAGGGCACAGCAUAUCACUGGGACCUGACUUUGUCUGGGUUGAUUAAUAUUUUGAUGUCGGUGCUGGGGUUGCCAUGGAUGCACGCUGCGUUUCCUCACUCCACCCUGCACGUGAGACAGCUGGCCCUGGUCGAGGAGAGAGUGGAGGGAGGGCACCUCUAUGAGACUAUAGUGAGUGUGAAGGAGACGCGAGUGACGUCGUUGGUGGCUAAUAUCCUGAUUGGUGUGAGUGUGUUCCUGCUACCUGUUCCACUGCAGUGGAUCCCUAAGCCUGUUCUCUACGGCCUCUUCCUCUAUAUCGCACUCACCUCCAUCGACGGAAACCAGAUGUGUGACCGCAUGGCUCUGCUGCUUAAAGAACAGACAUCCUAUCCUCCUACUCACUACAUCCGGAAGGUUCCACAGAGGAAAAUCCAUUACUUCACAUUCCUUCAGAUGGUGCAGCUGUUGUGUCUCUGUGCAUUUGGGAUGUACCCUCUGCCAUACAUGAAGAUGAUCUUCCCUCUGCUAAUGUUUAUACUUAUCCCAAUCAGGAACUGUGUGCUGCCCAGGAUCAUCGAGGCCAAAUAUCUGGACAUAAUGGAUGCUCAGCACAUGUAGACAUGGACACAC